AUGGUGUUUGACGAGGCAUCGGACGCAGUAGACCCCAACCUGUCAUUCACCUCCAACACAAACGCGACAGCCACCGACCCUCCCGCCGUCCUGCCUCCCCAGCAAACCCCCCAAGCUGCGGCGCAAAGUCAGGCUGCUCGAGCCAGGGAGUCGAUCCCAACCGCCUGCCUCGCCUGUCGCAGCAAGCAUCUAAAGUGCGACGGCGCGCGACCUUGCGCGCGCUGCCGAGCCUCAGGCUCCGACUGCGCCUUUGUGGCAUCGCGUCGUGGGUACAAGGGCCCCAAGCGCGGCGGCGCCGGUGGUGGUGGUGGUGCGUCGCAGCAGAACAACCCAAACAAGCGCCGGGCGACGUCGCCCCCGAGCCAGGAUGGUAGCAGCAGCACUGACUUCUUCGCUGCCGUCGCCGCCCCCAGUGUCCAGCCCGGUGUGGCCAUGUGCCUCGCCAGCAAGGGCCGCAGCGUCGGUCCCAGCCAGUCCCCCAGCUCCUCCGGUCCGGUCACCCCGGGCUCCUCCACGUCGGCCUCGCAGACGUUCAGGAUCCUCGGUGCCGGGGACACGGACGGCUCGACCUACGACAUGAGCCCCCAGGACCGCUCCGUCUCCACAAAGUCCUCGUCCCUGUCCCUGGCCGAGCGUUGCUUUGAGUCCUUCUACGACCACUUCCAUGCGGCGCAUCCCUUCGUCCUGCCAAAGGACUUCAUGGUACGCUUCCUCCACGACCCGAGCCUGGAGCCGCUCUUGUCUGCCAUGCGCUGGGUCGGCUCGCUCUUCAUCGACGUGCCCGCGGCGCGCAAUAGCCUGUUUGACGAGGCCUGGCAGCGGGUCCAUGAGCCGCGAAACGCGCGUGAUGGGUUUCUCGUGCAGGCCAUGAUGGUGCUCAUCGUAGGUAUGGACGGCGUCACGCUGAACGAGAGGGCGCGCGAGCUCCUCCUCGACGUGGAGAAGCUCGCCGUAGAGAUCGCCCUCAACACCCGCCCCUUUGCCAUAUUUCACGGCCGCGGCAUCCCCGUGCUGGAGGAGAGCUGGCGACGCACCUGGUGGGAUCUCCUCGUCAUCGAUGGCAUGAUCGCGGGUGUCCACCGGAUGACCACCUUUGCCCUGUACGACACACCCACCGACGUAGCGCUGCCGUGCGAGGAGCACGAGUUCCUCUCUGGGGCCAUCCCCCCUCCUCGUUAUCUAGAGGACCUCGAGGACCAGGAAUUUCUCGACGACAACGCACCGCCCUUCUCGUCCUUCGCUUACCGCAUCCUCUGCGCACGCAACCUCGGCAAGCUGAUGCGCACGCCCCCCAUCACCGAUCCCGCCGACGACAACCUCGUCCGCGUCGAGACCCUGCUCACCAACUGGCGCCUCCACCUGCCCCCGUCCAAGCGCAACCCCCUCGACGGCCAUACGGGUCGCGUCGACGAGAUGCUCUUCCAGGCGCACAUGAUGCUCCACGCAACGUCCAUCAUCCUCCACCAGCCACACUCCCAGCUCGACUCGUCCCCGGCCGCCAACAUCACCUCCUGCGCGCCGCACCAGGCCGUCCAGGCCAACGCCCGCCCGGCCUUCAACACACACACCAGGCACACCAUUGAGUCCGCCACCGCCAUAUCACGGCUCGUCACCCUGCCUGUCCCCUCCCUCACCACGCACACACACUUCUUCACCUGCGUCCUCACCCUCUCGUCCAUCGUCCACCUCUCCAAGUGGGCCCUGGACUUUGUCCAGUACGACGACGACGACCUGCGCCAGCUCCUCCGCCUCAACGUUGGUGCCCUGAGCGAGCUGUCGCGCGUCUGGCCGGCUGCCGAUCGGGCCAGGGGCCAGGUGAGGGGUGUCGCCUCAGAGGUGUAUCAGGCCAAGAAGGCUGUCCAGGCAGCCCCGCAGUUCUGGUUCGGCCUGACGAGGGAACAGGUCAUGAGCAGCAUCGCGGCCGAUGAUGGAAUCAUAGAGGACGUGAGCAGCAGCUGA